GAGCCCUUAUAGCCCCGGCCCGCCCGGCUCUCCGCGCCCGCCCGCACCAUGUCGAGCCCAGAGCACACGGGAUCCACCAACGUGGUCUACCAAGCCCACCAUGUGAGCAGGAGCAAGAGAGGACAAGUCGUGGGUACCAGAGGAGGAUUCCGAGGCUGCACCGUUUGGCUGACAGGCCUUUCUGGAGCCGGCAAGACAACCAUCGGCUUUGCCCUGGAGGAGUACUUGGUCUCCCACGGCAUCCCUUGCUAUUCCCUGGACGGCGACAACGUCCGGCACGGCUUGAACAAGAACCUGGGUUUCUCGGCGGCCGACCGCGAGGAGAACAUCCGGCGCAUCGCCGAGGUGGCGCGGCUCUUCGCCGACGCCGGGCUCGUCUGCAUCACCAGCUUCAUCUCCCCCUUCACCAAGGAUCGUCAAAACGCACGGAAAAUUCACGAGGCAGCUGGACUCCCUUUCUUUGAAAUCUUUGUGGAUGCUCCUUUGAAUAUCUGUGAAAGCAGAGAUGUGAAGGGCCUGUACAAAAAGGCAAGAGCUGGAGAGAUCAAAGGGUUCACGGGGAUUGACUCGGAGUACGAGAAACCCGAAGCUCCCGAGCUGGUGCUGAAAACGAACGUUGCAUCAGUGUCUGAAUGUAUCCAGCAGGUUGUGGAGCUCCUCCAAGCACAGAAUAUCGUUCCUCGGGGCUCAAUUAAGGAUGUUCUUGAGCUGUUUGUGCCUGAAAAUAAGCUCAGCAGUGUCCGAGCUGAGGCAGAGAAGCUGCCAUCCGUGGAGAUCACUAAGCUGGAUCUGCAGUGGGUGCAGGUGCUGAGCGAAGGCUGGGCCACCCCGCUGAAGGGCUUCAUGCGCGAGGCAGAGUACCUGCAAGUGCUCCACUUUGGCACCCUGCUCAACGGAAAGAGUCCCUUGGUAGCUGAUGGCGUGGUGAACCUGAGCAUCCCCAUCGUGCUGCCGGUGUCCUCGGGGGACAAGCAGCGGCUGGAGGGCUGCGAGGCGCUGGUGCUCAGCUACCAGGGCCGCAGGGUGGCCGUGCUCAGGAGCCCCGAGUUCUUCGAGCACAGGAAGGAGGAGCGCUGUGCCCGUGUCUGGGGCACCACCUGCCCCAGGCACCCCCACAUCCAGAUGGUGAUGGAGAGUGGAGACUGGCUGGUUGGUGGAGACCUCCAUGUCCUGGAGAAGAUCAAGUGGGACGAUGGGCUGGACCAGUACCGCCUGACACCACGGGCUCUGAAGCAGAAGUUCAGGGAGAUGAACGCUGACGCCGUCUUUGCGUUCCAGCUGCGCAACCCCGUCCACAACGGGCACGCCCUGCUCAUGCAGGACACGCGGCGCCAGCUCCUCGAGAGGGGCUACAAGAACCCUGUGCUCCUCCUGCACCCCCUGGGGGGGUGGACCAAGGAUGAUGACGUGCCGCUGGAGUGGCGGAUGAAGCAGCACGCGGCCGUGCUGGAGGAGCAGGUCCUGGACCCCAAGUCGACCAUCGUGGCCAUCUUCCCCUCUCCCAUGCUCUACGCUGGCCCCACGGAGGUGCAGUGGCACUGCCGAGCUCGGAUGAUCGCGGGCGCCAACUUCUACAUCGUGGGGCGCGAUCCCGCGGGAAUGCCGCACCCCGACACCAAGAAGGACCUCUACGAGCCCACGCACGGCGGGAAGGUGCUCAGCAUGGCCCCGGGGCUCACCUCGGUGGAGAUCAUCCCCUUCAGGGUGGCCGCCUACAACAAGCUGAAAAGGGCCAUGGAUUUUUAUGACCCCAAAAGGCACGACGACUUCGACUUCAUCUCAGGAACCCGCAUGAGGAAACUCGCUCGGGAAGGUGAAAACCCACCGGACGGCUUCAUGGCCCCCAAAGCCUGGAAAGUCCUCACCACCUACUACCAGUCACUGGAAAAGAAGAAUUAACGCUUCUCCUCCUCCUCCUCCCCAGAAAUUCUUGUAUUAAGAGUGAGCAAUGAUUGAUUGAUUCCCUAUGACACUGAUCAGUUACUUGGCAUUUCCAGUGCUCUGACCGAGGGAUUUUCCCACCCGGGUCAGGGUGGUUUUUACUAAUCAGCAAUACUUCGAGCCUGGUCCUUCCCCCCUUGAAGCUGCUGGGAGCGUCCUUGUGGAGCUGGAAGGGAAGGGCAGCAGGUCCUUCAUUCACUCCCAGCUCAUCCUGGUGGCAGGAAGCCCAGCACAGCCUCCAGGUGGGCCACACGGAUAUUUUGGAG